AUGUUCCUAGGACCAGUAUCAUCCCCGACGACAAUUCUAAGGAUGUUUUUUAGGACCAGUAUCAGCCCUGACGACAAUUCUAAGGAUGUUCCUAGGACCAGUAUCAGCCCUGACAAUAAUUCUAAGAAUGUUCCUAGGACCAGUAUCAGCCCUGAAAAUAAUUCUAAGGAUGUUCCUAGGACCAGUAUCAGCCCUGACAAUAAUUCUAAGAAUGUUCCUAGGACCAGUAUCAGCCCUGACAAUAAUUCUAAGGAUGUUCCUAGGACCAGUAUCAGCCCUGACGACAAUUCUAAGGAUGUUCAUAGGACCAGUAUCAGCCCUGACAAUAAUUCUAAGGAUGUUCUUAGGACCAGUAUCAGCCCUGACGACAAUUCUAAGGAUGUUCCUAGGACCAGUAUCAUCCCUGAUUAUAAUUCUAAGGAUGUUCAUAGGACCAGUAUCAGCCCUGACGACAAUUCUAAGGAUGUUCCUAGGACCAGUAUAAGCCCUGACAAUAAUUCUAAGGCUGUUCUUAGGACCAGUAUCAGCCGUAAUGAUAAUUCUAAGGAUGUUCUUAGGACCAAUAUCAGCCCUGAUGAUAAUUCUAAGGAUGUUCUUAGGACCAGUAUCAUCCCUGAUGAUAAUUCUAAGGGUGUUUUUAGGACCAGUGUCAGCCCUGAUUAUAAUUCUAAGGAUGUUCAUUGGACCAGUAUCAGCCCUGACGACAAUUCUAUGGAUGGUCCUAGGACCAGUAUAAGCCCUGACAAUAAUUCUAAGGUUGUUCUUAGGACCAGUAUCAGCCGUAAUGAUAAUUCUAAGGAUGUUCAUAGGACCAAUAUCAGCCUUGAUGAUAAUUCUAAGGAUGUUCUUAGGACCAGUAUCAGCCGUAAUGAUAAUUCUAAGGAUGUUCAUAGGACCAAUAUCAGCCCUGAUGAUAAUCCCAAGGAUGUUCUUAGGACCAAUAUCAGCCCUGAUGAUAAUUCUAAGGACGUUCUUAGGACCAGUAUCAGCCCUGAAGAUAAUUCUAAGGAUGUUAUUAUAACCAGUAUCAGCCCUGAUGAUAAUUCUAAGGAUGUUCUUUGGACCGAUAUCAGCCCUGAUGAUAAUUCCAAGGAUGUUCUUAGGACCAAUAUCAGCCCUGAAGAUAAUUCUAAGGAUGUUAUUAUAACCAGUAUCAGCCCUGAUGAUAACUCUAAAGAUGUUCUUAGGACCGAUAUCAGCCCUGAUGAUAAUUCCAAGGAUGUUUUUAGGACCAAUAUCAGCCCUGAUGAUAAUUCUAAGGAUGUUCUUAGGACCAGUAUCAUCCCUGAUGAUAAUUCUAAGGGUGUUUUUAAGACCAGUGUCAGCCCUGAUUAUAAUUCUAAGGAUGUUCCUAGGACCAGUAUAAACUCUGACAAUAAUUCUAAGGCUGUUCUUAGGACCAGUAUCAGCCGUAAUGAUAAUUCUAAGGAUGUUCGUAGGACCAAUAUCAACCCUGAUGAUGAUUCUAAGGAUGUUCUUAGGACCAGUAUCAGCCCUGAUGAUAAUUCUAAGGAUGUUCUUAGGACCAGUAUCAGCCCUGAUGAUAAUUCUAAGGCUGUUCUUAGGACCAGUAUCAGCCGUAAUGAUAAUUCUAAGGAUGUUCAUAGGACUAAUAUCAGCCCUGAUGAUAAUUCUAAGGAUCUUCUUAGGACCAAUAUCAGCCCUGAUGAUAAUUCCAAGGAUGUUCUUAGGACCAAUAUCAUCCCUGAUGAUGAUUCUAAGGAUGUUCUUAGGACCAGUGUCAGCCCUGAUGAUCAUUCUAAGGAUGUUCUUAGGACCAGUAUCAGCCCUGAAGAUAAUUCUAAGGAUGUUAUUAGGACCAGUAUCAGCCCUGAAGAUAAUUCUAAGGAUGUUCUUAGGACCGAUAUCAGCCCUGAUGAUAAUUAUAAGGAUGUUCUUAGGACCAGUAUCAGCCCUGAUGAUAAUUCUAAGGAUGUUCUUAGGACCAGUAUCAGCCCUGAAGAUAAUUCUAAGGAUGUUCUUAGGACCGAUAUCAGCCCUGAUGAUAAUUAUAAGGAUGUUCUUAGGACCAGUAUCAGCCCUGAUGAUAAUUCUAAGGAUGUUCUUAGGACCAGUAUCAGCCCUGAAGAUAAUUCUAAGGAUGUUCUUAGGACCGAUAUCAGCCCUGAUGAUAAUUCUAAGGAUGUUUUUACAAACAGUAUCAGCCCUGACGAUAAUUCUAAAAAUGUUCUUAGGACCAAUACCAUCCCUGACAAUAAUUCUAAGAAUGUUCUUAGAACCAAUAUCAGCCUUGAUGAUAAUUCUAAGGAUGUUCUUAGGAACAAUAUCAGCCCUGAUGAUAAUUCUAAGGAUGUUCCUAGGACCAGUAUAAGUUCUUACAAUAAUUCUAAGGCUGUUCUUAGGACCAGUAUAGUCCCUAAUGAUAAUUCUAAGGAUGUUCAUAGGACCAAUAUCAGCCCUGAUGAUAAUUCUAAGGAUGUUCUUAGGACCAGUAUCAGCCCUGAUGAUAAUUCUAAGGAUGUUCUUAGGACCAAUAUCAGCCCUGAUGAUAAUUCCAAGGAUGUUUUUACAAACAGUAUCAGCCCUGACGAUAAUUCUAGAAAUGUUCUUCGGACCAAUACCAUCCCUGACAAUAAUUCUAAGAAUGUUCUUAGAACCAAUAUCAGCCUUGAUGAUAAUUCCAAGGAUGUUCUUAGGACCAAUAUCAGCCCUGAUGAUAAUUCUAACGAUGUUCUUAGGACUAGUAUCAGCCCUGAAGAUAAUUCUAAGGAUGUUUUUAGGAUCAAUAUCAGCUCUGAUGAUAAUUCUAAGGAUGUUCUUAGGACCGAUAUCAGCCCUGAUGAUAAUUCCAAGGAUGUUCUUAGGACCGAUAUCAGCCCUGAUGAUAAUUCUAAGGAUGUUCUUAGGACCAGUAUCAGCCCUGAUGAUAAUUCUAAGGAUGUUCUUAGGACCAGUAUCAGCCCUGAUGAUAAUUCUAAGGAUGUUUGUACAAACAGUAACAGCCCUGACGGUAAUUCUAAAAAUGUUCUUAGGACCAAUAUCAGCCCUGACAAUAAUUCUAAGAAUGUUCUUAGAGCCAAUAUCAGCCCUGAUGAUAAUUCCAAGGAUGUUCUUAGGACCAAUAUCAGCCCUGAUGAUAAUUCCAAGGAUGUUCUUAAGACCAAUAUCAGCCCUGAUGAUAAUUCUAAGGAUGUUUUUACAAACAGUAUCAGCCCUGACGAUAAUUCUAAAAAUGUUCUUAGGACCAAUACCAUCCCUGACAAUAAUUCUAAGGAUGUCCUUAGAACCAAUAUCAGCCCUGAUGAUAAUUCCAAGGAUGUUCUUCGGACCAAUAUCAGCCCUGAUGAUAAUUCUAAGGAUGUUCUUAGGACCAGUAUCAGCCCUGAUGAUAAUUCUAAGGAUGUUCUUAGGACCAGUAUCAGCCCUGAAGAUAAUUCUAAGGAUGUUCUUAGGACCGAUAUCAGCCCUGAUGAUAAUUCUAAGGAUGUUUUUAGGACCGAUAUCAGCCCUGAUGAUGAUUCCAAGGAUGUUCUUGGGACCGAUAUCAGCCCUGAUGAUAAUUCUAAGGAUGUUUUUAGGACCGAUAUCAGCCCUGAUGAUGAUUCCAAGGAUGUUCUUAGGACCAAUAUCAGCCCGGAUGAUCAUUUUAAGGAUGUUUUUACAAACAGUAUCAGCCCUGACGAUAAUUCUAAAAAUGUUCUUAGGACCAAUAUCAGCCCUGAUGAUAAUUCCAAGGAUGUUUUUACGAACAGUAUCAGCCCUAACGAUAAUUCAUUGUUUGCAUUGUUAGCCACCUCCGACUUGCCAUAUUUGACUAUUUAG